UCACAUCAAAUUAUAUUAAAAUUAACAUUGUAUAUGUUACAAAUGUGAUUUAAAAUUAUAUAGGUCAUAAUUUUUCAUUUUUUUGAUAUUUACUGUGGUGCGGUACGAAGAUACUUGAAAGAUUUAAUCUCUUAGGUUCCGGAUGUACAAUUAUUAAUUCUAGAGAUAAAAGAAAAAAAAAUUUUUCUUAUAAUACCAAUAAUGUCUAAUUCAAAUAACACGACGUACAUAGUGGACCUUCGUUCAGAUACAGUGACGAAACCUACAAAGGCUAUGAAACAUGCGAUGGUUAAUUCAGCUCUUGGUGAUGAUGUCUACGGAGAGGAUCCAACUGUGAAUGCUUUGGAGAGUAAAGUAGCAACGCUACUUGGUAAGCAAGCUGCUCUCUUCGUCCCAUCUGGUACCAUGGCCAAUCUUAUAGCAGUAAUGGUGCACUGCAAUAAAAGAGGAUCGGAAGCAUUCGCUGGACAUUUAUCACACAUCUACAAGUAUGAGCAAGGUGGUGCAUCACAUCUUGGCGGUGUACUACUCAGCACUUUGCAGAAUAAACCAGAUGGAACAUUUGAGAUUGCUGAAUUAAAGAAGCGUUUAAGAGGCAGUGACUUGCAUGACCCUAUUAGUUCAAUGGUUGCAAUUGAAAACACACACAAUGUGUGCGGAGGGAAGGUGCUACCACAGGACUGGGUUGAUGAACUGGGUGAAUUCUGCACAGAUCAUGGGUUAGCUCUGCAUAUGGAUGGUGCGCGACUGUUAGACGCGGCUGCGUACUCGGGCUGUCCAGCCGCGCGUCUGGUGCGCCCCUGUCACUCUGUGUCCAUUUGCUUUAGUAAAGGGCUGAGUGCUCCGGUGGGGUCAGCGUUGGCUGGCUCUUAUCAUUUCAUUGAACAGGCUCGUCGCAUGCGCAAGAUGUUGGGCGGGGGCAUGCGGCAGGCGGGGGUGGUGGCGGCGGCCGCGGUGGUGGCGCUGGACGAGGUGGCGCCCCAGCUGCACUACUCGCACAAGCGCGCCCGCGUCCUCGCCACCACCAUCCAGGGUCUGUUCCUGCCGACGUUCUCUGUGGACGUGUCAGGUCUGCACACCAACAUAGUGCUGGUGCGGGUGGCGGCUAACAGUCCACUGCUCGCUGAGGUGGUGCUGCAGCGCCUCGCCCAGGUCUGCCUCGCUGAGACACAGGGUGACUGCAAGACUCCCAACGACGAGGGUGUGAUAGUGAAGGCCGUGUGCUUCGAUUCCAAGACCAUCAGGUUCACGUUGCACCACGACAUCAACGAUGAGGAUCUGUGGCUCGCCAUCAUGAAGAUCAUCUACGUGUUCAAGGAACUCGAUGCAGCGAAUCCUUUUAACAUAAAUAACAAAUAAUAUUUCAAUUUGAAAAUAUUAUAAAGAGAUUCAUACUGCCUUAAUAUUAGUGGUUGAAAGAAUUAAAAAAAAAUCUUGUAAUAAACAAAAUUAGAUAUAAGUUGAAUAUAAUCUGUUCUAUUAUUGCUCAAAGAUAAAUACUUUAUGUU